AUGGAAGGUCGGGAAGAACUUGCAUCACCCAUCGUCGCAACAAAAGUGAGCCCGUCGGCGAAGAAGGCACUGCUGAUUCUCAACUGCAUCCUUUUGUCCCUCGGAAACUGCGGUGGCCCAUUGAGCAUGCGCCUCUAUUUCCUCCACGGCGGCAACCGUGUCUGGCUCUCCGCCUUCCUGGAAACCGGCGGUUGGCCGUUCAUCUUAAUCGUCCUUCUCGUUCUUUACUUUUGCCGGCGUUGUUCAACUUCACCCACGUCAACAACCGUCGUGUUCAUGCGUCUUCGGCUGUUCUUCGCAGCGGCCGUCAUCGGUGUUCUUACCGGCCUCGACGACUUCCUCUACGCCUGCGGCGUUUCCCGCCUCCCUGUCUCCACCACUUCCCUCAUCAUCGCCUCCCAGCUCGGCUUCACCGCGUUCUUCGCGUUUCUGUUAGUGAAACAGAAAUUCACGCCGUAUUCUAUCAAUGCGGUGAUGCUUCUCACCAUUGGAGCGGCGGUGCUAGCGUUGCAUACCGGCAGCGAUCUCCCAAAUGGAGAGUCGAGGGCGGAGUAUUUAAAAGGGUUCUUUAUGACUGUAGCGGCGGCGGCGUUGUAUGGACUGGUGUUGCCGAUGGUGGAGAUGACAUAUAACAAGGCAAAGCAGGCGAUUACAUAUACACUGGUGUUGGAGAUUCAAAUGGUCAUUUGUCUAUUUGCUACAAUCGUUUGCACAACAGGGAUGAUCAUUGACAACGAUUUCAAGGCGAUUCCAAGAGAGGCGAAGGAAUAUGAACUUGGUGAAACGAAAUAUUAUGCAGUGUUGUGUAUAAACGCAAUUUUCUGGCAAAGUUUCUUCUUGGGGGCUAUCGGAGUGGUUUUUUGUGCAUCAUCGUUGCUAUCAGGAAUCAUAAUCGCUGUACUACUUCCGGUGACCGAGGUAUUGGCGGUGGUUUUCUACAAAGAGCAUUUCCAAGCGGAAAAGGGUAUUGCACUUGUUCUAUCUCUUUGGGGGUUUACAUCUUACUUUUAUGGCGAGUAUAAAGUGAUGAAAACGAAAGACAUAGAAAGAGAAUCUUUGCAUGAUAGAUCGGUGGAUUUGCCUCAAAUUAAUUACUCUUCCGUAUGA